CGAUAACUGCUUCAAUACUAUUAAGAUAUAAUAGCAGUAUUCUAUUCACUAUCGGUAUUGCUGCAAUAACUGAAGUGUUUCGAUGAUUUGCAAUCGACUUGUUUUAUUUAUGAUAAAUAAUUAAAAAAAAAAAAAAAAAAAAUUGUAUCCGGAGAAUUAUGAGCGAAGAAAUAGUUUUUCCUCACAAGUAGCAUCAUACGGUAAAGAUUAUUAUGUAUACAAUAUAAUGGAGGGAUAACAAUUAAUUUAUAUGAAGAACGAGUAUUUCUAAGCAUACGGUCACAACGUAUUGACAAUAUUAGUGUUAUCGGAAACAUAUUACUGCACUCACGACCAAUUAUUUGAUUAGUAUUCGAUACUGAGCUAAAAUAUUAUAUUAAGAACAAGUGUUGAGAAUUAUUUUUACAAUGAAAACUGUAAGAGUGGAAGAAAAAGUUAUCGAAGAAGCUUUGAACCAGACAGGUUUCGGCAAGUUCAAUUACAAAGUAUUAAUAGUUGCGAUAAUAAUAACAAUAAAUUCCGGAAUAAGUUUUGAAAAUAUAAGUCUGAUAAUGCCAGCAGCAAGUUGUGAUUACAAAAUGUCAACGAUUGCACAAGAUCAUAUUGCAACUAGUUCACUGUGUGGACUGGCAUUCGGGACGUAUUUUUGGGCGUUCAUGGCAGAAACUAAGGGUCGAAAGUUGAGUCUGAUUAUUGGAUUACUGUUAGACGGUGGCGCUAAUGUUAUUGCUUCUGUUAUUUCUAAUUAUUAUGGAUUUAUUAUUUGUAAAUUUUUUAACGGCGUCGGUCAAGGUCCACAAUUUACAGUACUUUUUACUUACCUCGCGGAAUUUUCACCGGAAAAAUACCGAGAAAAAUUACUUUCCUGGUUGGAGUUACCAGUUAUUUUUGGAGCAAUUAUAUGUGCAGGUAUCGGUUGGCUUAUAAUUCCAAUGGAAUUUACCUACAUAUCUUCAAGUAUUUUUUUCUUCAACCCUUGGAACUUGUUUAACUUGAUUUGUUCAAUGGUGGCGCUUUUAUCAGCAUUUUUGGUGAUAUUUCUGCCAGAAACUCCGAAGUAUCUCGCGGAAACUGGACAGUAUACAAAAUUGAUGGACGUCCUUUCACAAAUGUUCAGAGAAAAUACUGGAGGAACAGAUAAUGAAUACAACGAACGCUUGAAAAAAUUACAACUCCCAGAGGUUAAUGACUUGCUGGCGAAAGUAAAAUCAUCGACGAACGAAUGCAAAGAUAAAUCAAGUUUCGUAAAAUCGUUCAUCAAGUUUAUAAAGCAAGUAAAAGAAAUAAUGAAGCCACCUUAUCUGAAUAGAACAUUAAUUGUCUGUGUAGCAAUGUAUGGAACUACGUACUCUAUUUUUGUAGUUAUGUUGUGGACUCCAGAAAUUUUUGACAGGUUUGCAAUCUUUGAAGAAAAAUAUCCGAAUACGAGUGCAAGUAUUUGCGUUAUUUCAGAAAAACUUUAUUCAAAAAAUGCAACACAGGAUAAUAUUUUCAACCCUGAAAAUUGUCCGUCUAAAUUAGACUCGACUGUUUUCUCACACACUAUAAUAUCAAGCCUCGCAGCUCUUCCAGGUGGAUUGUGGUUACCCUUGUUCAUUGACAAGUUUGGAUACAAACUUAACUUUAUUCUAGCUUCAGUGAUGUGUUGUUUAUUGUAUAUAGGGCUAUUAUUUGUCCGAAAUUCAUCCCAAAAUCUUAUCCUUACAUGUUUGAUCGACGCACUGUCAUUUGGAGAUAGUGUUAUUUAUUAUAUGCUAGUCAAUUUAUACCCAACGCAUCUCAGAGUUAUUGCGGCGAAUUUGGUUGCUUUUGUUGGACAUGUCGGAGGUAUGCUAAGCAUUAUUGUAGUUGGCUAUUUAAUUGAUGAUUAUUGCGUACUGCUAAUCGUGAUGAUAAGUGUUCAUGUUGGAGUGGCCGCUAUGUUUGGAUUUUUCAUUCCCAAAGGUCUACCGACAUAACUUUAGGCAAAAUAUUUUACACUUUGACUCGAAAUAUUUAUGUGAUAAAUCAACAGAGAAGAAAAAAUUUGUAUUAUAUAAAAUUUAAUAAUUUAUUU